UUAAGUUAAUUAUAAUAUGUAAGUUUAUUUGUAUAGAUGGCGCCAGUGUACAAUAUUUUAAGAAACUUUAUUAAAUGAAUUUAUUAUAUUUUUACUUUGCAUUUAUUUGUUAUAUCAUUCCCAUUUAGACCCAUUUUGUAUUGACUCAAAUUCCCUUUAUGUUUGGACACAACCUAAGCCUUUUUUGCUGUCUGUGACUUCCUUGAAUAUUUCUUCAGAGUAGAGGUUGAAUUAAAGUGGAGAAAGAAUGAUAAUUGCGAUUUUCUGUAUUAAUCUUAAUGAUAGUUGACUAGUUCCUAUAGGGCUUUCGUUUGAUCCUAAGAUCCUUUUUUUCCAUCUCCAUGUUCUCCGAAACCUCCACCAUCUUUUCUUGUCCUACUUUGUCGAACGCCUUCUUACAGCCAACAAAGUUCAUAUCUCUGCAUCGCUGGAAUAACACUUGUAGGUAGAACUGACCAUUCCUCGACCUAUUUCUUCUUCACAUCGACUGUAUAUUCUCUAAUGGAUGUUUUUAAGAAAUAACUUUAGCUUACACUACAUACUUUACUUCCAUAUUUCUUUGGCAGCAGUAUAAACUCAGAGAUGAGUCAUUCAUUUAGGAUGUUUCCAUUUAUUAAAUACGUUAGUCAAAAAUUUAAUGUAUUUAUCAUCAAGAAGCUAGAUUCUGAGUACAUUUCGUGUAAUCCCAGAGCUUUUCCUUGUUUUAAAGUGUGAAUAGCGACUUUGAUUUCAUCUGUUAUGAUGAAGUACAGAUUCAAAUCAAUUUAAACUCAUUAUCUCAUAAAUAUUGUAUGGGAAUAAGAUCUUGUGGUUGUGGAAGUGUGUAAUUGAUGAGAAACAUAAAAUAUUGUACAAAGAGAGAGAACUAAAAAGAAAGGAAGAAAGAUACUGGUUAAGCACGUUUAAAAAAAAAUUAUUAUAUAUUUGAAGAGUGGAAGUAAAUAUCCGUGUUUUAUGGCUUUAAUGUGAAAUAAAACUUGUAACUGUAUGUUAUUAACAUGGCGUUUUAUCGUGAUGUUUUGUCUUUUUAUGCAUUCUUCUAUCCGUAUACACACCUUACUAUAGAGGAAACUUUAUCUAAACAUUACAAGUUUUUCAACCAACAUAAAUUUCUACUACAAUUUGUAUCUACAGCUCUUGCAUACAUAACAAUCUCGUUUAUGUUAAUAAUUAAUAUAAUUCAUUUAGUUAAAGAUUGCGUAAUAGUUCAACUUAAUUCGUGUAAUAAGAUAAAAUUAAAUACAUCUUUAAACAGAAUUGGAACAAAAAUGCUUUUAUACAAAAACAUUAUCACUUGCACAAAAGUCUUUAUUAAGGAGAUGUUAACUACUCACACGUUUUUAAAGGAUCAUAAACUUCUCCUUAAUAUAUUAUCAACAAUUUUCGCUUGCUUGACACUAUUCUUAUUAGCUCCAAUUAUUUUAAUUUGUUUAAUUAAAAAUAACUUAAUCAAAUUAUUUUUGAAGCUUCGUUACGAUGAAAAAUAUGGAAACGUUUCGGGCAUGGAUUCAUAUUUUGAAUGCACAAAAAAUCAAGCUUUUUUUGUGAACAUAGUAGAACAUUCUGGAUCAAUCGAAGAAUUACAAAUCAUCAUCAAAAAAUCUACAACUCACUUAUUACAAUCACAUUAUAAAUUUUCAAGCACGAUUCAUAAUAUUUUUGGAGUAUAUUAUUAUUUAAAAAAUCAAGUUUUUUUAAAUGAUGUAUUUUCCAUAGAAAAUAUUGAUGUUUCGAGUAAAGAUCUACUUAAAAAUUAUAUGGAAAAGCAUUGUUUUUCCGAUUUUGAUGAUAAAUCGUUAUGGAAAGUUAUACUGUUUGAAACUGCGAUAAAAUGGAACGAAAUGGAUAACUCAAAAACUUAUUAUGCGAUUUUAAUCAGAUUUAAUCAUUGUUUGGGUGAUGCAAUAGCAUUAUCGAUGUACCUCCAACAAUAUUUCUACAACAACGUUAAAAGCAAAUAUUUGGAAAAAUUAAGAAACAAUACAGAAAGUAAAGAUGUAUUUAAUAGAAGCAAUUUAGGAAGUGUUUUAUUUGCUGGUCCAAAAUUAAAUUACACCGAAAUAAAUUUAUUCCCAUCUCACCAAAAAUUAGCUGUGUUUAUGGAACAUGAACCAAAAUAUAUUCGUUUAAUUAAAUACAUAAGUAAACAAUUAAAUUGUUCCUUUACGGAUGUUAUUAUAAUUUGUGCUAUGUCGAGUAUCACUAAUUAUUUAAAUAUGGAAGGAGUUAAAACCACCAACUUCAUAGUUUCAAACACAUCAAGACCUCGCCUUGGAGAUAAUAUCAAUCUUAUUUUGGAACAGAAAGAAUUAUCAAAUAAUUUCACAAUGGAAGCUUUUAAUUUACCACUAAAACACCAAAAUAUAUUAAUCAAAUUUAAAGAAAUUUUGCCUAUUUUAAGGGAUGGAAGAAAUUCUGACACAGGACAAAUUAUUUAUUGGAUUAUAAAGUUAUUAUCGAAUUUACACCCAAAAUUAUUGAGAAAAUUUGCUCGAUUAAACUCAGAAGGGGCCACAUUAGGAAUAACAAAUAUUCCAUUUGCUGAUUAUUGCAAAAUUGGAACAAGUACAGUUCAAAAUAUGUUCACUAUACCUAAUAAUUUCGAAAAUACAAAAUUCGUUAUGGUGGUGGCCACGUUUCAAGAUAAAUUACAAACUGCUCUUAUUACAAAAAAAAAUUUAAAGGUAUCUAGGGAAGAAUUACAAGAAAUAUUAAAUAAUUGUUUUUUAAAUAUUGAUCGUCUUUAUGAGGAAGUAAAAUUAAAUGAAAUUAAAUAA